AUGAUCGACCGCCUUGCAUAUCUCCUCCCAAUCGCACAAGAUGAUAGGAACUCAUUCUCGGAUACCGCACCUACAUCGGGCGAGAAGGACCUCACACGUCUCGUUUCCUCUCUGCAUGAGCUUUUGGCGGCUAAGAAAGCAUGGUUGAACGACAAGAAUCAAGACGACAUUAUCCAAGAUCUACUCUCACAGCUUGCGUCUCUAAACCUACCGAAGAAAGGCCAAGAGAGUGUAGAUUCUGAAAAAGACCGAGGAAAACAAUCCAUAUCCCACGCCCGAACCAUUCUCCGUAUUCUAACUACCAACUCCGAAGCUCGAAAGCUCCUCCUCGACCUUCGAUACUUUGCGUGCGAGAUGCUCGCGAACAUCAUUCAACACGAAGCUGAUGUCAUUCGACCCAAACCACACGAGAUGGCCGCUAUUGGAGGGUGGACGAAAUACGCCACAGUCACAGUGGCCAGGCACACUAUAAUCGCCCAACUUGCGCCAUGUUGUGCCGGCGGCACACCACAGUGGCGUACAUGCAUUAUCGUCCUUUAG